AAAUGAGUUGAAAUUAUAGGGUACUGUACACAGAACAAACAUAACCGAUAAUAGAACACACUAGCGAUGGAUAUAAUUCAAAGGGAUGUCACAGUCACUCCUCCGUCGCACUCGCACGCUCUUUCACCACUUGCCCACCUAUCGCACCCACCUCUCUCUUCCUUCGCCACUGCACUUGCACCGCUCAAUGGCCAACACCUCCGACUCCGUCACUUCAUCAAACACCCGCGUUGGCUGGAUCGGCACCGGCGUUAUGGGCCGCUCCAUGUGUGCCCACCUAAUCAAAGCCGGCUACACCGUCACCGUCUUCAAUCGGACCCUCUCUAAGGCCCAGCCUCUUGUCGACAUGGGGGCCCACCUCGCUCAAUCCCCUCUUGCCGUCGCCUCCAAUUCCGAUGUCGUCUUCUCCAUCGUCGGGUUUCCCUCUGACGUCCGUCACGUCCUCCUCGACCCCACCACUGGGGCCCUCCAAGGCCUUCGCCCUGGUGGAGUCCUCGUUGACAUGACUACAUCUGAUCCUUCCCUGGCCUCCGAGAUCUCCGCCGCUGCGUCCGCCAAAAAUUGCCACUCCAUUGACGCCCCCGUCUCCGGCGGCGACCGCGGUGCCAAGAACGGAACCCUGGCAAUAUUCGCCGGAGGGGAUGAAGGAGUCAUCCAUCGGCUGAAUCCCCUGUUUGCCCUCAUGGGAAAGGUUAAUUAUAUGGGUGCCCCUGGCAAAGGCCAAUUUGCGAAGCUAGCAAACCAAAUAACCAUAGCUUCUACAAUGGUUGGCUUAGUGGAGGGGAUCGUUUACGCAUAUAAAGCUGGACUCAAUGUGGAACUGUACUUAAACGCCAUAUCUGCAGGCGCUGCGGGGUCAAAGUCCCUUGAUUUAUACGGGGCUAGAAUACUGAAGAGGGAUUUCGAGGCAGGGUUCUAUGUGAACCAUUUUGUAAAGGACUUGGGAAUUUGUUUGAAGGAGUGUCAAAACAUGGGUCUUGCUUUGCCAGGAUUGGCAUUGGCUCAACAACUUUAUUUGUCGCUUAAGGCUCACGGGGAAGGGAAUUUGGGCACCCAAGCACUUAUUUUGGCUCUGGAGAGGCUUAACAAUGUUUCUCUUGAAAAUCUGGCUUCUCAGAAUACUGCAGCUUAGCCUGGUAUAUGAAAAUUUUAAAUUUACUAUAUACCUUGUUUAUUAAGAAUCUAUGGAUUAUCGUUUCCAAUAAUGAAUAAGUUCUUUUGUGACUUGCAAUUUGAUAAGAUAUUUUGGCCUU